AGAGGCGCACGGUGCCAGAGCCAGGACCACUAGAAGCCCCUGCAAGCGCAACAACAGCCAGCUCGCCGAGAACUGAUUUUCUUAAUAUUUCAAUUUCACAGAGAGCCAGUGUGCAGGGAGGGGCAGAGCUAUGACAUGCGAGUAGAAAAGCGCAGAGUUUGUCAGUGUUAACGCAGGCGGAUCCUUGUUUUAUUCCCUCAAGAUGAAUAAAGACUUGAAGAGCCUGCGGCAGGUCGCCGUACCCGUGCUUUUCCUCGCCUUGUGCGUCGCGGUGCAGCGAUCCGACUCUGCGGCUUGCCAUGGAUGUGUGGGGUCCAAAUGUGACUGCAGUGGAGUGAAAGGAGCCAAGGGUGAACGGGGUUUCCCAGGUCUCCCCGGGCAGCCAGGAGUCCCGGGGUUCCCCGGACCUGAAGGAGCGAUUGGACCCAGAGGAGAGAAGGGUAGUGAUGGACCUCAAGGGCCACCUGGUCCAAAAGGAAUUAGAGGGCCUUCUGGUUUGCCAGGAUUUCCGGGAACACCAGGACUUCCAGGUCUGCCAGGCCAGGACGGACCUCCAGGCCCGAGAGGAGUGCCAGGUUGCAAUGGGACAAAGGGUGAAAGGGGUUUCCCUGGAAGUCCAGGAAUCCCUGGACUGCAAGGACUACAAGGUCCACCUGGUCUGCCAGGACCAAAGGGAGACCCAGGGGAUGUAAUCUCCACCAAUCGUUUUGGAGAGAAAGGAUCAGUGGGACUGCCUGGAUUGCCGGGAGUUCCUGGCUCUCCUGGUCCCAGUGGUUUGCAAGGUCCAGUCGGCCCUCCUGGACCCAGAGGCUAUGAGGGUCGUCCAGGUCCUCCAGGUCCUCCUGGACCUAAGGGAAACAUGGGUUUGAACUUUCAAGGACCUAAAGGAGAGAAGGGUGAACCAGGUUUGCCAGGACCUCCCGGUCCCCCAGGACAGGUGGGAGAACAGAAGAGAUCGUCUGAGACUGAGAUUCAGAGAGGAGACAAGGGUGACCCGGGACCUCCUGGCCCCCGAGGCGACCCAGGCUAUCCAGGAAUUCCUGGUCCCUCAGGUGGCCAGAAAGGAGAGAAGGGUGAACCAGGAGAAUCAGGCAAACGAGGCAAACCAGGCAAAGACGGCGACCCUGGUCCUCCAGGCUUCCCUGGAGUCAAAGGAGAGCCAGGCUUGCCAGGUCCACCGGGCAGGGAUGGAGAGAGAGGUCUAAAAGGAGAGCGUGGAUUCCCAGGCCCACCGGGAGUGGUGAUCGGGUCACAAACAGGGGGUCGGGUUGGUCCUAAGGGUGAGCCUGGGUACCCUGGAGUACCUGGGACCAAAGGAGAGAGAGGACCACAAGGCUCAACAGGACCUCCUGGAACACCAGGACUUCCAGCCAUCGGUGGUGCUGGUCUGCCUGGACCUCCAGGUUUCCCUGGAGAGAGAGGUCAGAAGGGAGACCUUGGUCCUCCAGGGCUCUCCUUGCCAGGUCCCCCUGGUGUUCCAGGAACUCCUGGUGCCCAGGGUGCACAAGGGCCCCCUGGACCUCCAGGCUAUUCCAGUGGAGGACAAAACUGCAUCCCUGGAGAGCCUGGGCGUCCUGGUGUGCAGGGAGAGAGAGGCUACCCUGGAGAAAGUGGCCAGAAAGGUGAGAAGGGCGACACCUGUGUGAACUGCUUUACUGGCACCAGUCCCAUCCCAGGACCCCCAGGACCACCUGGAGCACCCGGAUUCCCUGGAUCUCCUGGCGGCCCAGGUAUCAAAGGAGACAGAGGAUUCUCAGGAACACCUGGUGCUGUGGGCCCCCCUGGUACCCCCGGCCCUCAAGGUGCUCCAGGAUUCCCUGGAGAGAAGGGUGACCCAGGUGACCCCAUUGAAGUCAAUGGUCUAAGGGGAGAGAAGGGUGACACCGGCUUCCCCGGACCUCCUGGUCUGCCUGGUCUGGAUGGUCGACCCGGUCGUGAUGGAGUGCCUGGAACUCCUGGGCCCAAAGGAGCUCCUGGAUCUCUGCUGGUGAAAGGAGAGCGAGGACUCCCUGGUGAUUCAGGUGCCCCUGGUAUUCCAGGGGACAGGGGCCCCCCAGGUUCCCCUGGGUUUGGACCUCAAGGGCCUCCAGGAGAGAAGGGUAUCCAGGGCGUUUCAGGAAGACCCGGAGCUCCUGGAGCACCUGGUCCCAAAGGGGAGCCAGGCAUAUCGGUGGCAGAGAAAGGCUUACCAGGGCCCAGAGGACUGGAUGGCGAGCCUGGACUGUCUGGUGCACCAGGCAACUCCGGCCAGCCCGGACAGCCUGGUUUCCCUGGUUUGCCAGGAGCAAAGGGUGAACCUGGACUCCCAGGCAUUGGACUUCCUGGACCCCCAGGAGCAAAAGGAUUCCCAGGUAUCCCCGGCCAACCAGGAGCUCCUGGAGGACCGGGCAGACCAGGAGUGGAUGGACUGCCUGGCCAGCCUGGAAUUCCUGGACCUAAGGGUGAGCCUGGCUUUGGACUUCCUGGCCCACCUGGUUUACCUGGAGUACCUGGAGGUAAAGGCUUCCCUGGACCAAAGGGAGAUCCUGGAUUCCCUGGCAGCCCCGGUUCACCAGGACGAUCUGGAUUGGAUGGCAGCCCAGGACCCAAAGGUGAGCCCGGUACACCUGGUAUCCCUGGAGCUCGUGGCCCUCCUGGAUCCCCCUCCGUUGGCUCAGUGGGGCCCCCAGGCCCCCCUGGUUCUCCAGGCUCAAUGGGACCACCAGGAUUCCCUGGAUCAAACGGAGAGAAGGGAGACCCAGGACCUCCAGGUCUAGACAUCCCAGGUCUGCCAGGAGACAGAGGAGCUCCCGGGUUCCCAGGUUCCCCAGGACCAGUCGGACCCCCAGGACCUCCUGGAGGAGCUGGGCAGAAUGGCCUGCCUGGACUGCCAGGUCAGAAAGGAGACAUGGGUGCCAUGGGACCUCCAGGGCCUUCUGGAGGACCAGGAGGUCCAGGGGGACCUGGAGCUCCUGGACUUAAAGGUGAAUCCGGAUUCCCAGGUAGAGACGGUGCACCUGGUGUUCCUGGCAUUAAAGGAGAGAGGGGUGACCCCGGUGUCCAGGGACCCCCAGGAACCAGCCAGCCGCCACAGCUUCUAAAGGGAGUCAAAGGAGAAAAAGGACUAGCAGGUGCACCAGGUUUUCCAGGACAGAAAGGCAUCGACGGUGUCAUUGGGAGCCCUGGACUGCCAGGAUCAGAUGGCCGCCCUGGACUCCCUGGGCCACCAGGUCCUAAGGGAGAUCCUGGCAUCCCAGGAAGCCCAGGUGGUCCUGGAGGUCCAGGAGCAAAAGGAAGCAUGGGAGAAAUGGGAUUUCCAGGACCUUCAGGGCAGAAGGGGCUACCAGGUCAGCCAGGACGGCCAGGAUCCCCGGGACAGCCAGGGGCACCUGGUUUCCCUGGAUCUAAAGGUGAACCAGGUUCUGCUGGGGUUGGACCACCUGGACUACCUGGACUCAAGGGUGACCCAGGCCAACCAGGGUUCCCAGGAAGUCCAGGACUCAAAGGAACUCCAGGAUCACCUGGUCUCCCAGGUUUACCUGGAGCACCAGGUGUCAAAGGCGAUCCCGGCCUCCCAGGAUUCCAAGGUCCUCCUGGCAUCCCAGGUCCUAAGGGUCUCGAUGGUGGGCCGGGUGCCCCAGGUCUCACUGGAGCUUCCGGCAGACCGGGAGAGCCGGGUCGACCAGGAUCACCAGGGUUGCCGGGAGAGAAGGGUCAGGCAGGUCGGGAUGGGAUCCCGGGGCCGGCUGGAGUCAAAGGAGAGCCAGGGCUUCCAGGUUUCGGUGUCCCGGGUCCUAGUGGUCUUCCAGGGUUGGCAGGUGCUAAGGGCGACCCAGGUCUUCCCGGUCCUCCUGGCAAUCCUGGUUUCCCUGGCACUAAAGGAGAAGCUGGCUUCCCUGGUAACCCUGGUCCUCCAGGGAGCAAUGGCCUUCCUGGGCCUCCAGGACUGCCUUUACAGGGCCCUAAAGGACUGCAAGGUCCCCCUGGACCACCUGGACGAGCAGGUCCGCCUGGCCUUGAGGGUCCCCGUGGACCCCCCGGAAGUGGCGGCGUUAAAGGAGAGAAGGGUAUUCCCGGUGCUCCUGGCCAGCCGGGCUUCCCUGGACAGAAGGGAGAAUCUGGUCUUCCAGGAUCCCCAGGUUCCCCUGGUGUUCCUGGUGGCCCUGGUAUAAAAGGAGAUGUCGGUCUGCCCGGUGUUCCUGGAUUCCCUGGACCAAAGGGAGACCCAGGACUCCCUGGUGGCUCUGGUCUUCCUGGAGAUCCUGGAGAUAUGGGACCGACUGGCCCCCCUGGUGACCCUGGUGUACCUCCGGCUCCUUUCGUGGUGAAGGGAGAGCGAGGACCCCCUGGUCCUCCAGGCCAGCGUGGUCCUCCGGGACCACCUGGUUCUCCUGGACGAGAGGGACUCUCAGGUCAGCCUGGUAACCCUGGAGAUCCUGGUGUGGAAGGUCCUCCUGGCUUCAGCGGCACACCUGGGAGGAAGGGAGAUCCUGGACCCGCUGGACAGCCUGGUCAGCGUGGCCUCCCUGGUCCCCAAGGUUCAGACGGUCCACAGGGUCCUCCUGGUAUUCCAGGUUCAGUCACUGCAGCCCAUGGCUUCCUCAUCACCCGACACAGCCAGGCUCAGGAGGUGCCCUUCUGUCCCGAAGGAACCAACGCUAUCUAUGACGGAUACUCCCUGCUGUAUGUGCAGGGCAACGAGAGGGCGCAUGGACAGGAUCUUGGCACGGCUGGCAGCUGUCUGCGCAGGUUCAGCACCAUGCCCUUCAUGUUCUGCAACAUCAACAACGUCUGCAACUUCGCCUCCCGCAACGACUACUCCUAUUGGCUGUCCACUCCCGAGCCAAUGCCCAUGUCCAUGGCCCCCAUCACUGGAGAGAACAUCAAGCCUUACAUCAGCAGGUGUACAGUGUGUGAAGCUCCAGCCAUGGUGAUUGCAAUCCACAGUCAGACCAUCCAGAUUCCUUCGUGCCCUUCAAACUGGGAAGCCCUGUGGAUAGGAUACUCCUUCAUGAUGCACACCAGUGCGGGUGCAGAGGGCUCCGGUCAGGCCCUGGCCUCCCCUGGCUCCUGCCUGGAGGAGUUCCGCAGCGCUCCCUUCAUAGAGUGCCACGGCAGGGGGACAUGCAACUACUACGGCAACUCCUACAGCUUCUGGCUGGCCACUGUAGAACCCAGUGAGAUGUUCAGGAAGCCCCAGUCGGAGACUCUCAAGGCGGGUAGCCUACGGACACGCGUGAGCCGUUGCGUGGUCUGCAUGAAGAGGACGUAACGGCACACGGCAAUGAGCAAACCCACCGUUGCCAGGGACGCCCAAUCAGUGACAAGAGAUGAUUGGAUGACGGGGGACAAGUAGGGGGACGAGGUGGAAUUCCAAUGGUGCAUUGUCUUCCGGAAAAAAAACAAACAAACUACAACUUAAACAAUGGUGCUACUGUGCAACACAGCUUAAAAAAAAAAAAAGAAAAAACUGACGUAAAUAAAUCUUACAUUUAGUCUUUGUUUUUCUUAAGAAGUACCUCAAAAUGAAAGCAGAAAAAUAUCCACUAAAUGGUGCCAUGAUGGAUGUGUGACAACAAAAGUGCAUUUUUCAUUCUUUUCCCUUCUUUCCCAAAAGGAUCAUAGUUUUCUGUUUUAAAAAAAAAAAUCACUUUUGACGUUGGUGCAAAAUGUGAUACUGUACAUCCAUUUCUAGACAGAAGUGCUCUUUUUUUUUUUUUUAAUUUUUCUUUUUCUUUUUUUUUUUUCUGUUUGCGGCCUUAUUGAUGAGGACUGGAUGGUUACCAAAUCGGCACUUUGACUUCGGAACAUCCACGAUGAGAUGCACUGACGAUGAGCUUUCCUUAGUGAGACUGACUGCCUUUUUUUAUUUCGAGCUCUUCAUUCACACGCUCUUUCUCUCUCUCUUCCUGUCGUAUUACGUUACAUUUGAUGGUACUAACCCUGCUAUAGCCCGCCUGCUAACUAUCAGCCUACACCUUCUUUCUCUUAAUUUUUUUUUUUUGUAAGAAAUAAAAUGUGUAUAUUGUGUAAAACACCUUUUGUUUUUAGUGUAUUAGGUCUUGAGUCAGUACCAGCUGUUUGUUAUGAGACAAUUUCCAGGUUCUUUUUAGCUCACACACUCACGCAUGCACACACAAACACACACAUAUUCAUUCACUGCAUUGCUCACUGACACACAUCAACUCAGACAUUGUACAAAGUAAGGCUUUUAUGAAUGAAACAGUAUUUUAUAUAUAAUAAAUAUAUAUUUGAAAAAAGAGGUUUAAAAGGUAUAUAAACUUUAUUUGGCUGUGGGGAGAUUGUUCGCUGUUUUCAACCACAAACUGGUCAUGCAUUUCACCGAAAAGUAAAGCUAACUACUGAGCACAGACAGAGCCAUUUUCCCUAGAACAUAACAGUCUUGUAUGAUAUUAACGAAGCCAGUCGCUUAAACCUUUUGUAUUCAAUUUGUAGAAUUAAUUAAUGUUGAACUGAAAUAAAGGGGAUUUGCUGUUAGGUAGUUAAAUGAAUGGGGAAUGUUACUGAUAUUUGUGAAAAAAAAAAGGAUUUGAAUUAAAUCUUGGCUCCCUGAUUAGAAAACCACGAUAUUUGUUUUGUGUCUUUUAACAUUUCCAGGUGCGGGGCUUCGCUGUAAAAAGAGAGCCUGAGGUUCUUGCGGUACCUAUUUGCACCCAAAACUUUCAAAUCCACUUUGCUUGCUUGAAUUUGUAUCUAAAACUGGUUCACGUAUUCACACUCGCCCCAGUUGAAACACAUGUGUCUGAACAUUCAAAUCAGGUGUUACGGUCCCUGAUGUGACGCUUCUCUCACAUCAGGCGUACAGACUCCUGAUGUACUGUAAGUCCACAAGAGCUGUUUGGGGGGAGAGAGAAAUAUCCUCCUGUGAUUUUAUUGUUAUUUGUAUUUUUUCAGAUCUGCUUUUAUGAAUUCUAAUUUUGUCAACCUGGGGUGUGAUUAAAAAAAUGUGUAAUAUUUUUUUGUUUUGUUUUCAUGUUAUGUUAUCCAGAAGUUGUUAUAAACUUUCAAGACUGAAAUAAAUACUAUGUCCAAAG